GAACCCAGCAUGUCAGUCCGCCACACAGCCUGUGGAGUCCAGGGUGAGGAACACGUCGGCUUUGCACUUGAAGGAAGCGUCCAGCUCCUGCAGCAGCUGACACGUCUGCAGGGAGGGCCUUCACCAAAACGACCCAGGAAUGCUCCUGGAGCCGCCUCUGGCUGGAGUGAAACCCGUGAUCCUCAUUCUGUGACCAUGACAGAAAAGCUUAUCGAUCCAAGCAAAGGUCAGCCGGGGUCGUCAGUUACCGACUUGAACAACCCAGAACAGAACUCUUUGCCCAAAAUGAAUACGCCAGCUGAAAACUCCAAUCCUAUUACUGAUCUCCUGGAUGCGUCAGUGGACAACAAUCCAAAGAAGAGAAAGAAGAAAAAGAGAAAGAAUCAAAAGAAGAAUGGAAGCAUCUUGCUAUCAGAUCCCGGUCAAGGACAAUCGGACGUUAGUCAGGAGAAGACGCCAAAUGAGGCCUCUUCGGAAGGUGAAAGUUCAGCCGAAGAAAUGCCACACCUGCCCACAGAAGGCUCCACCCCAGUCGAAAGCAAGACCAAGAGCAGCAGUGAGACUGCUGUGUUACCACCAGACGCAGAGAAACAGUCAAAGAAAAGAAACAUGCCUAACAGAAACGACAAAGAUGCCACUGCAACGCAAAUGCCGGAUGAAAACGCCAAUAUGGAGACACAGGCGAAGCAAAAAAAGCUGCAGGAGACAAAGUCAAAAGACAAAACUCAGAAGCAGACAAACCAGAUGCAAACCACAGCAUCAGUUAAGAGUGACGAAAAAAGCAAGGAAGGUGACAAAGUUCCUACUGUGGAGAAAAUCAAAGGAGACCAUGUGGAGACUCAGCAGCCAGAAAGCGGGGAAGAUUCAGCUCCAAGCCAGAAGGCCGAGGCAAAGGAAAGCGAAGACAGUCAAGAACCUGAAUUUGAACCUCCAACAAUAAGGAGGUCCUGCAACAUGGAGACACCCCGCAAUAAAAGGAUCACAAUACAUUUCCAUGCCAUCCUCUCAAACGAUUUCAAAUUCAAUACGGAUGUUGAUAAGAUCUUUGUCAGAGCUGGACGCAUCAUCGGAGGCUGGGGAGAAAAUAUAGCUGAGCUUUCUGUGUCCAGGAAUCUUGGAGAGCAUGGGCUUUUGGUGGAAGGCGUUAUGGAGGCCAGGAAAGACGUGACUGUGUCGGAAUCGAUUCCGUACAAAUAUGUAAUCUACAAGCACAAGAACAAGAAGAAGGAGCGAUAUCAAUUUGAAUACAUUUACAAACUGGAUUCCUCACAUACCACCAACAGGUCUUUGUUCGUAAAGCCCCAUCUCCUCACUGAUGCCGGAGACUGGCACCAGUAUGAUGACAUCAUUUGUGUUGAGCCGACGAUGACCAGUCUUCAAUGGUGGACGGAUCGCUUUUGGUUUGAACAGAAGAAGUCCGUGGUUGACGGCAGAAACAUUGCUGGAGAUGUUAUGCUGCACCGCAUCUUUGACCUUCUGACAGACUGGUCGGGUCAAAAUAUGAAGAGUUUCAUGAUGCAGCUCAGCCAGUUUUUUCAGGUUUAUGGGAAUCCUUAUAUAUAUGAAGACAAAAACAAGAGAUGGACCAGCUUGCAAUAUGGCGAAGAUGAUGUGAGAAAUUUGAUGAAAGAGUUUCUUCUGCUCAAUCUGACCCCACAAAUGCUAAAGGGCAGAGAAAAUACCAGUCCUUAUGUCCGGGAUCCAUUGAAAGCUGCCCUGGUUUUCCUCUACGUGGGACUGACGUAUAGGAUCAAAUUGCAGCAGUCUGAGUUUGACACUCUUUGUGCACUGCUGUGUCUGCCUCACCUGCCAAAAGACUUCUGCCAGUACUGGGCUAAACUGUCUGAGGUCAUCGCAGUACUGGGAGAUUUGCCCACUAUGCUGAUCCGCUUGAUGAGUAAAACAAAAUCUCUCACCUGGACUCUGGUGCUACCCCUCCUACACCUUGUGCAAGGCUGCACAAACCCAUUUGAGGUCCAGUCGCCCUCCAACUUGAAGUACGGCAAAGUCUGGGCAGGCUUGCCAGAAUUUGCUGUUGAUACGCCUUUAAGUGACUGUGAUGCAAAGAUCUUGUGGGGGAUGUUCCUGCAACGCGCUCACCUGUUCAAAGUAGAUCCGCUGACUGUGCGUUCCUGUCUCUACCUGCUGUCUUUGCAAUGCCUGCAGAAGCAUAGCGAGAAGUUCAGCGUUGAGCUUUUGGACAUGCUCAUUGCAUUCUCCAGCAAAGUUCCAACGGAGAUCGGCUCUCAUUACUUUAAGGUAAUUUCUGAUCUUCUUGAACACAUUCAACGGAAGCUCAUUGAAGGAAAAUACAGUUUUCCGACAGAGGUCUACAGGAGUCACUGCCUGGAAGUGUUGGUGGCGCUUUUGGAGAAACUCUGUGACGGACUAAUGUCACUCAUGAGCUCCCCAGAGAUCCCACUAUCGUGUAUGAACCUGAUGGCUUCAGUGACACAUGUUGAGUGUGACAAGCAGCAGGAAUCCACAAAAGAACCCAAGACAAAAAUCACAGUGGUCUCACGAGCCAUUGAUGUUCUUGGACACUGGUUGAGUUUGCACUACAAGAUGCCUUUGCUCAGUCGUUCAUUGAACAUACAGUCUCGAAAGGUUGAGGCAUUGAAAGAGCUCGAACUUUGGAACAACAUAAUCUCCAUCAACUUCAAGGAUGAGGUCAGCACUACUGAGUGGAGAAAGAAGUUUACUAUGGAUUUUGAGGCAAAGUAUAAAAAGGCGGCUAAUUUGGAUCAGAUCGAGUACUACUGCACAGAGUUCGAGGGACUUGAGCGUUCCUACCCUUUUAUUGCUGCCAGUGUUGAGACAUGUGCUCUGGAAGCUGUUUCAUCUCUCUGCCAGUCAAAGUCUGAGGCCAAACUGUUUGAGAAGAUCAAAAUAGAUGGGAAGUUUGGGAAACUGAUCUCAGCCAUCAUCCAGAAGUCCUGGCCCGUUGACCGCCAUGGGUUGUAUGAAGAUGACGAGGAGGUUGUUUUUCAACACCUUCUCUCUUGGACUGUUGCCAAGGAUAUUUUCCGACUACAUGGAGCCAAGGAACAUCUGUCUGAGCGAUUGACUCAAGAUGCGAAUGAAAGACUCACAAAGGCAAUAUCAGUAUUCACAGCCAUUACCAGGCAGUUAAUUGAUGGAAGCAUCAAAAUAAGACUGCUUAACAUGGUUUUGAAGAGGAGAAUGAUCUUCUCUAAUUUGCUGAGAACAGAUUGUCUCUCUAAACAUCAAAAAGACAAGGAUAAUGCCCACUUGAGGGAACUCCUCGAGUGGAGGCAAAAGGAAGUUGACUCAGUAUAUCAGGAAAAGAAGCUCUAUGACGUUUUGUUAACCACCAUCCAGAAACUGGAAGAGCACAUCAAAGUUGAUCUCCAAAUCAUGGAAAUGAAUGAGCGCUUAAACCUAGAAGAGCUCCCGUUGAACUCUUUCAUGGAUGUUCGCUGCAGUGAAAAUCCAGAUGCUCCAGGGGCUGGAAUUGUUACCUAUUUCAAUCUACCACAAGAGGUCCGGGAAAUGUCGCUGGCCCUUUGCAGAUUCAGGGAGAGCCAUAUUUUUCAAAAGUUCUGGAAGAAACAUGUCCUACGCAUGGUUAGCGACGACGUUGUGAACAUUGAGACGAUAUACAGCGACAUUUUUCUCCCUUGUUUGUCAGACUACAAAAAGACAUGUGAAGCACUGAAAAAUGGAACUAUCCGACUUGAAAUGGUAAACAAGCUUUUCAAACAUUUCAAUGACAAGUACGAAGACCUGGCAAACGACCUGGGUAUUAUGUGCCGUGUUGACGAUGCCACUGACAGAGAGUGGAUCCAAAAGAGGGUGGAACAGAUCAAGCAGUCUCAUCAGCUUCAUUUAGCUGUGGCUUCAGCUAAAUUCAUCAAAAGUGUCAAACAGACACUCUGUCUACGUGGAGACUUCACUGUCCUGGACAUCCUCUUAAAAGUUGAAACUGCUGAGUUCUACAAAGAACCACUUAAUCGGAUUGACAAUGACUUGAUCCAAGCUAAAAGGAUUGUCAUGGAGAUUGAUGAGCCUCGCAAAAAAUGCCUACAGGAACUUGGAGAAAGAAGCCUGUUUGUGAACUGGGUGAAAGAUUCACUUGAAGACAUCAAUGAAUUGAAGGUGUUUGUUGACCUGGCCUCGAUCUCUGCUGGAGAAAAUGCCAUGGAUGUGGACCGUGUGGCUUGUUUCCAUGACGCUGUCCUUGGUUACUCCUCCAUGCUCUUUGAGCUCAAGCCAGAUUGUGGUUUUGACACAUUUAAAGAGACACUGAAAAAACUGUGGCGAGCUUUGGACAACGACAGUAACUUACCGAAAAAACUGCAAGACAGUGCUCGUCACUUGGAAUGGUUGAAGACAGUAAAGGAGAGUCAUGGGUCGGUGGAAUUGUCUUCUCUCUCUUUGGCUUCAAUAAUUAACUCAAAGGGAAUCUAUAUGAUCAGUGCGCAAGGUGUAAAAACGCUGAGCCUCGACACUGCCCUGAAGCUGCAGAUUCAAGAGGAGAUGGGAGUGGAGGGACAGAUGAGAUAUUACUCCCUGGAAGAUCUACGAGAGCUUCAGAACAAGCUCAUGCUCAUGUCUGGCAAAGCAGAUCAGGGUCAGAACGAAGUUGAACGCUUUGUAGAGGUGUUUUCUUGUGUUCAGAGAUUGGCAGAGGCAUUCAUUGCACUCUACAAUGCAGGGAACCCUCUAUUCAGACUCUGGGAAGCUCAAAUCAAAUGCUGCUUGAGUUGCAUUGAACCCAUCACGAUGGACUUCAACCUGGAGAAUUCCCAUGGUGCUGUUAUUGUGUCGGGCAGCUUAGAAGACUGUCUCCCGGAGCUUUGCAAGAAAAUAGAAACAUGUCUCAUCUACUGGAAUGAUUUUGUCAACAAACAACGGUCCCAACAUUACUAUCUCAACUACUUCACAGCUGAGCAGAUUGUUUAUCUGUGCAGCCAACUCAGCCCGCAAAAUGUGACAGCUGUCGACGAACAAGUGUUGAUGAUGCUGUCCUUUAUUAGGCCAAAUUGUGACCCUUCAGACUUGAGGAAAGUCUGGCAUGAGCUUCAGUAUGACUUCCUCACCAAGCCGGAGGAGCAGAGUAAAGACAUAGAUUUCCAGACCUUUGCUGUUUUGCCAAGUGACUUGGGAGAUUUGGGCCACAGUUUUGAAGAGUUUGGUCAGAUAUGGAACGCUUACAUGACAGACAUGAAGAAGUUUCUCCCAAAUACCCUUGAUCUGAAAACACUCGGAAAACUUUUGGAAUUGUUGGCAAGCAUGAGUGUUGAGGGUGAAGGAGAACGCACAACAAGAAGGGAACUCCCUCAGGGCUUCAAGAUUGGAACUCCAAAUCUUAUCAUUUGUCCACAGGAAGAUGUUUUGACUUCCUGUAUCUCAAUCUACAUGAGCAGCAUGCAAGAGAACCUCCCUACCUACGAUGAAGUCCUGUUAUGUAAUUCUUCCACACAGUAUGAAGAAGUGGAACUAUUUCUUAGACGCUGCCUUGGAGAAGGCAACAGGGGGCAAAAGAUAUACUCACUCUUGUACGGAGAUCUUUUAACCUACGAGGUUAGUUCAAAGAUGGAGAUCUUCUUUCACCGGAUGAAAAAACAGAGCAGGAAGGAUUACAGGCUAGUCCUUAUCUGCAGCUCAGAAAGAGAGUACCUUCCAUCAGCAUUCAGUCAGUACAAGUUGCCCAUGGUCACUCAAGAACCACUGGCAUACAUCCAGAGAUACCUCCAUGCGCACUAUGUGGUCCCAGCUGACCAACUGAGCGCUGCAGCUGCAUUCAAAGACCGGUUGUGCGUUGGUGUUGUCUCCUCCAAAAGAGCAGGCGUUGGUAAAUCUCUUUAUGUCAAGAGAAUCUUUGAGAAGCUCCAAGAAAUAACCCCAGAGCCGCCUGUAAUGAAAUGCGUUCGCAUGACCCAGCCAAAUGUUGACGAGAAUCUCAUCCUUCAGACUCUGAUGAACACCCCAAACAGCAGUCAACUUGCUGUGUUCCAUAUUGAUGUGACGUCUUCAGUGCAGAAAGGAAUCCACGAGUUUCUCUUUAAGCUGUUGAUUCUGCGCUACCUGAUGGAUUCCAAAGGACGAAUGUGGAAGUGCAACAAAAAGCAGCUCUACGUUAUUGAGUUUUUGGAGCCCACACUCAAGUCAAACAAAAACGCUUCAGUGCAGAAUCAAGUUAUGGACAGUUCAUUUCUGAACGUCUUCCCAGAAGUUUUCUGCCAACCCCCAAAGGAAGUGCUCAUGCUUGAGAUGGCGAAGCAGGAGCGUCCCAACGAUGUGCGUUCAGAGGAUCCCUUGAUGGAUGACAAGGAGUUUCGAAGUGAAGCCUUCCAAAGACCCUAUCAGUAUCUGAUACGGUUUAAUCAGCGCCACAAUCUUGAUGGCUUCACAUCUAAAGGUGUCGAAGGUUCUCAUGUGGAAUGUCUGCAGAUGCUUCUUAUGUACUGCGGAAUUUUGGAUCCAUCCUGGGCAGAGCUGAGGAAUUUUGCUUGGUUUUUAAACCUCCAGCUGAAAGACUGUGAGACAUCUGAUUUCUGUAACUCCGAUUUAACUGGGGACAUUUUAGCCGGAUUCAAAAACUUUGUGGUGGACUUCAUGAUUUUAAUGGCCAAGGACUUUGCUACUCCGUCACUCAGCAUCUCUGACCAGAGUUCAGGCCGACCGGAGUUUGACCCCAACCUCAGAGAGGAAGACUUGGCUCCAUUCCUGAUCAGGAAGAGAUGGGAGACAGAGCCUCACCCAUACAUUUUCUUCAAUUAUGAUCACACAUCCAUGACAUUUAUUGGCUUUCAUCUUCAGCCCAACGCAGCAGGCCUGGUUGAUGCCAUAGAUCCUGUCAGGAGACAAGUCAUUAGAAGCAACAUCAUGUCAAAGGCGUUGUAUGAUGGCCUGACGUUGCAGAGAGUUCCAUUUAACAUGGACUUUGAUAAACUAAACCGAGCUGAGAAGAUUGAGUGGCUCUGCAAUGUUCUUGGAAUCCAAUGGCCUCUUGAUCCCGAUGAAACGUAUGAACUCACAACCGAUAACGUAUUAAAAAUGCUGGCAAUCCAUAUGCGCUUCAGAUGUGGCAUCCCAGUCGUUAUCAUGGGGGAGACAGGAUGUGGCAAAACCCGACUCAUCAAGUUCCUGUGUGAACUGCAGCGGGGUGGAGUUGCUACCGAGAGCAUGAAAUUAGUCAAAGUGCAUGGAGGGACCACAUCAGACGUUAUCUACUCAAAAGUACGAGAGGCAGAAAACAUUGCAGCUGUCAACAAACAUGACUACGGGUUUCAUUCUGUCCUUUUCUUUGACGAAGCCAACACCACUGAGGACAUUAGCAGUAUCAAAGAGGUCCUCUGUGACAGAACUAUCAAGGGGGAUAGUCUGACACCCGACUGUGGAUUGGAGAUCAUUGCUGCAUGCAACCCUUACCGGAAACACACAGAUGAGAUGAUCGAGAGGUUGGAAUCAGCUGGUCUUGGGUACAAAGUACGGGCUGAGGAGACAGAUGAAAAACUGGGGUCCAUUCCACUACGCCAGCUUGUGUACAGAGUUCACGCAUUGCCACCGAGCAUGAUUCCCUUGGUGUGGGACUUUGGGCAGUUGAAUGAUCAGACGGAGAAAAUAUACAUUCAUCAAAUUGUGAAGAGGGUGGUGGAAAGCAAGGGAAUCAAUCAAAGCUGCAUCGAGUGGAUUACUGAAGUUCUUUCAGCUUCCCAGAGGUACAUGCGGACACGAAAAGAUGAAUGCAGCUUUGUUAGCCUGAGAGAUGUGGAACGCUGCAUGAAAGCAUUCACCUGGUUCUAUGACAAACGUGAGAUGUUUUUUGAAGAACUCGGAGCUCUUGAAAAAAGUGACUAUCGGGAGGAAAGUGAAGAUGAUCAUGAACAGCUUGAAGACAUAGACCCAGUGCUGUGGUCCCUGAUCAUUGCUGUUGGAGUUUGCUACCAUGCGUGUCUGGAGAACAAAGAAGACUACAGGAAGGCAGUGAGCGCAUGCUUGCAAGGCUUCAGUGCUGCGAGGAUAUCGCAGGAAAUCUCCGUCAUGCAGGACCUACUCCUCAGUGGCGUGCCAAUGGGGGAAACCAUUGCCAAAAACUGUGCACUCAAGGAGAACGUCUUCAUGAUGGUCAUUUGCAUUGAGCUAAGGAUCCCUCUCUUCCUGGUUGGAAAACCAGGAAGUUCUAAAUCUCUGUCCAAGACUCUGGUGGCUGAUGCAAUGCAAGGCCAAGCGUCUCACUCUGACCUGUACAAGGAACUCAAACAAAUUCACUUGGUGUCCUUCCAGUGCAGCCCUCACUCGACACCCGAAGGUAUCAUCAAUACCUUUAAGCAAUGUGGACGUUUCCAGGAAGGAAAGAACCUGGAUGAGUACAUCUCAGUUGUGGUUCUUGAUGAGAUAGGUCUGGCUGAGGACUCUCCCAAGAUGCCACUCAAAACUCUCCAUCCACUGCUGGAAGAAGGAUGCAUUGAUGAUGAGCCACUGCCACAUAAAAAAGUUGGAUUUAUUGGAAUCUCCAAUUGGGCUUUGGACCCGGCAAAAAUGAACCGAGGCAUAUUUGUGUCACGUGCUGACCCUGAUGAAAAGGAGCUCAUUGAGAGCGCGAAAGGGAUCUGCUCCUCUGAUAUUAUGGUCUUGGAGAAAGUUCAGGAUUUCUUCCACCCCUUCGCAAAAGCCUACUUAAAGGUAUGCCAUGAACAGGGCAAAGGUUUCUUUGGCCUCCGCGACUACUACAGCUUGAUCAAGAUGAUAUUUGGAGUAGCUAAAGCUGCUAAUCGCAAGCCCAAUGCAGAGGAGAUUGUGAAGGCGGUUUUGAGGAACUUCAGUGGGAGGGAUGAUGUAGACACAGUCUCCAUCUUUACUGAGACGCUACAGCUCGCAUGCAACGUUGAUGACAUCUCUGCAAUUGAGUUUGUGAGAGAGAACCUUCAAGCGGUUGGACAAGAAGAGGAAUGCCGCUACCUGCUUGUGCUAACAAAGAACUACGCUGCCUUGAAAAUCCUCCAGCAAACCUUCUUUUCAGACAGAUGUCAGCCAGAAAUCAUCUUUGGCUCCAGCUUCCCAAAAGACCAAGAGUACACCCAAAUCUGCCGUAACAUCAACAGGGUCAAGAUCUGCAUGGAAACAGGCCAAACUGUUGUCCUUCUGAAUCUGCAGAACCUUUAUGAGAGUCUUUAUGAUGCCCUGAACCAGUACUAUGUGUAUUUAGGAGGGCAAAAAUAUGUGGACCUUGGCCUGGGGACUCAUCGUGUCAAAUGCAGAGUGCACAAAGAUUUCAGACUUAUUGUUAUCGAAGAGAGGGGCAUCGUCUACAAGCAGUUCCCGAUACCCUUGAUCAAUAGGCUGGAGAAACAUUACCUUGACAUCCAUACGGUCCUGAAACCAGAGCAAAAGAGAGUGGUGGAGGAAUUGGAGGAAUGGGUCCAGCGUUUUGUUUCAGUCGGCAGUGGGCCGGCCGCAGCAUCGAGGCCAACUAAGUUCCGACCACCUGAUGUCUUCAUUGGCUACCAUUCCGACACUUGUGCCUCUGUAGUGCUUCAAGUUGUUGAGCUGAUAAAAGACAACGUCGAAAAGUGGGAUGGAGGACAAACAGUACUGGAGGAGGCUAAACUCAUCCUGCUCAGAUGUGCCACGCCGGACUCUGUUGUUCGUUUGGACUGCUCAGAGCUGCCCAAAAUGGAGACCCAACAUCUUUCUAAGGUGUACUUUGAAGAGCAGAGGAACAGCUGCCUCGCAGACUUUAUUCAACUGACCACAAAAGAAACCUUCAGCUUUUCAUUCGUCAUUGAGGUCACAACUUUCUCCAGACUUCUGACUGAGUCAGAGGUGACAAUCAUGGAGCAGAUGUCGCACAAGAUUGAGCUUUUUUCCCUGCAGCAGUUCGACACAGAGCAGUCAUUUCUGAAGAAAAUAAGGAACUUCCUGACUGCCACCAAUGAAAAUGAUGUCGCAGGACAACGCAACAAAAUCCUCAUCAUUCAAUGCGAUUUUGAUGAAGCCACACACAGCUCCAAUCUCAUUGCCUCUGCAAAAUAUUCAGCCAUUAAUGAAAUCAACAAGAUUACACACGAAAGCAUGGAUGUCGCAGUAUUGGUCUACUUCAUCACCAGGCUACCAAGGAUUGAAGGGGGCACCUCAUAUGUUGGGUUUCAUGGAGGCCCAUGGAGGUCAGUUCACAUUGAUGAUCUGAGAAGCCCAAAAGACAUUGUGCCGAAUAUUAAUUCACUAAAGAACAUGACCAUCAGUCAAAUGUUUGGAGACAGUAUGAACCAGCCUGAAGCCAUGGAGGUGGAAGACCUCUACUCUGAGCAAGAGGAGCAGUCUGGCAGCAGUAACCCGCCGGACUUUGCUCUGGACACAACUGCCCUAGUGCGGAGCUGUGUUCAAAAUGCAGUGAGCAUGCUGAGAGACCAGAUGGAUGACGGUCGUGGCAGUACUCGAAGACUUAUGACCCUUCUGACACUCCUCAGUGACGACAAUGAACUGAAAGGGGAAUUUCUGCAAACUUUGAAAAAGCACCUGCACUCACUUCUGGCGACUCGUGAUGGCAACACUUUCUCCUCGGCUCAAAACAAUUGGGUUAUUAGAGAGGCCUCCAACAUUGAUGCUCUCCAAGAAGGCGGGACCUUUAGACACACCUUGUGGAAACGGAUUCAGGCAGUCGUUGCGCCAGUGAUUGCACAACUAGUGUCUGUCAUCGACCGAGACCGUAACCUGGACCUCUUGCUGGACAAGGAGUGCAGCGGUGCAGUUAAGAGGCUGUGGCUGGAUAUUUUUGCAGAUGAAGAGUUUCUGAAACUUGCACAACUCGCUCCCGACACACAUGGCUCUGUGGGAACCUUUAUUGUGCAGAACUCCAUUUCUAAAGAUCCGAAAAUCUGCUGCUGCAUGCCCUUCAGCGGGAGGAUCAAGGACUAUCUGGAGGAGCUCUGGGUUCAUGCUCGGCACAACGAAGGCCACAGCCAACAAGAAUUUGAUGAAAUGUUCUCCACGACACCUUUGGGGAGAUACAUCGCAAAAGCAGACCUGGAAAUGCAGGGUGAAUUCUUUCAGCGCUACCUUGAGGAUUUCAUCUUCAUGACAAUGAAAGUGACCUCCACUGACGAGCAGCAGAUUUUGUGCUACGCGCUCAACUCUUGUGUCAAUGAGCUGCGCACAAAGCUGGGUGCUACCGACAAAGUGUUGUCACUGGCGUGGGUCAACGCUGCCUAUCAGGAGUUCAAGAACCGACUGCAGAACUUCUCAAGGAUUAUCUCUCUUGAACCCCAAGUGACACAGGAUCUCCUCAACAAUCCUUUCUGCAAAAAUGAAGCAGAAUUGGUUCUUGAUGUAUAUGCUGCGUUCGCAUGUGUGGAGUACCUUGAACCCAACGCCUUGGACACAGACGCCAAAAGACAAGCCUGGCUCACACAGAUUAAGAAACUCAAGGUUCCAGUUGAGUUGAUCUUCUCAAGGGAAACUGUGAGGAGCUACGGGGAAAGGAGUGAAGCCAUUGCCUUGCAAGUGAAAGCCCGAUGGAGUAGGAUAUUCUCUCUCUCCUUAUUUGUGGAGCACAUGUUUGAGGACAUCACUGAGAAGCUUGCACCUUUAAUUCUGGAGACGACGAGUCAGCUUGGCCAGGUCCUGACAGCUAAUUCAGACCUCAAAACCCAACAACCAUUUGAAGCUGUCAUAAUGCAACUGAAAAAUUGCAAAGAUAGAGCUGUGGAACGUAUUUUCAAGUUUGGAAUCGUGGGGUGCCCAGUGUGCUUGGCGGACCCUGUCGAUCCAGUCGUCCUUCCCUGUCAACAUAUCUAUUGUUUGGCAUGUAUCAAAGACUGGCUGAUCCCAGGUCAGAUGUACUGUCCGUACUGCAGGCAAGAGGUCGAUGAUGACUUUGCUCUGGAUCCUUCAGAUGAUAUCAGGGCUGUGAUUGCUCAACACGCUCACUUCAGGAAGCUCUGCAACGCUUUCUUUAUCGACUUGGUGUCCACAGUUUGCUUCAAGGACAAUUCUCCACCAUGUCAGGAAGUCAUUCUUCACUUGCUGUCCUUCCUCACAGUGGAGGCCAACCGGAACAUUUUUGGAGGUGAUCGUCAGGUUCUCACAAAGGUCCUGUCUCCGUUCGACGACUCAGUGGAUAAAAGUCCGGUCAUUCGAUCGGUUGUUCUCAAACUGCUGCUGAAAUACAGCUUUCAGGAAGUGAAGAUUUACCUGCAGCGACAUCUAGAGGAGGUGGAAAAAAGCUUUGCCCUGGGAGAGCAAGACAAAGUCGAGCUUUAUAUCUUGUAUCUGAAUUGCCUGGAGGAUUCAAUGUUUGAGCAGUCGCAGUUUAGAUCAGAAGCAGAGCUGCUGGCCUGUCUGCAGGAUGAAGCCGCCUUCCUCACGCAGUACCAGUCGCUGGAACCAUGUGUUCAAACCGUCACCAUUGACUAUCUGCAGCAAGUAGCCAGAGUGCGUUUGGACCUCGACAUGGCUGCUACUCUCAUUGUUGAGCAACUGCGAAGCCGAGAAGGUUGCACUGUUGAUGGUAGAAAAAACGCUUUUCUGGUCAGCGUGGAGAACAUGUGCACGCAGAACGGGAACAGCUGGUACAGCAUCUAUCUAAUUCGGAAGAUUUGCAGUCAACACGGAAUGGAGUGUGUACGGAAACUUGUGAAUGCUGAAAAUAUGCGGUGGCUCUUCCCUGAAAAAGCUCUGCCGCAGGAUGACUCCACCACAAUGAUCGACCCCUACCUCGUGUGCGGGGAGGAAUACCAGAAUAUCAGAAACAAUGUUGGCCGUGUCAUUUUGGAAUGCAGUGUGGACAAUCUGCACACGAUAUGCGAGGACUAUAAAGAUUCACCACAGAGAGCAACGGUUUACCUUCUCCUGGCGCUAUACAGAGAAGUUACGGCUCUUUACAGGGUCACUGAUUCGAGCUUCCAUCCCAGUGAAAAGGCGGUGCAGGCACUGGUGGCCUUCAUCCAGACAUCUACUAUCCUAGAUAGCCACAACGUGAAGUCCUUUGCUCAGGCUCUCGUGUCCAACCAGCUGGGAGUGUUGAGUGUUAGUCCUGAGAUGUCAGAAGAGAAGAGUGUGUUGGUGGAGCUGGUGGUCCACAUGGCAGCUGUGUUGCUCUGUGUGAAUGAGGAGAUCGUGUCCCCCCUGAAGCAGCUGGCGCUUGCUCCUUCUACCAUGCAGGCGGCGUUCUUGCCCACCAUGCCAGAAGACUUGAUGGCAAUGGCUCAACAAGCUCUGACCGAAAACCUGCAGUGGUACUAUUGCAAAAACGGUCACCCCUGCACUGUUGGAGAGUGUCAACGUCCUUAUCAAACAAGCAAUUGCCCUGACUGUGGCGUUCCAGUGGGCGGACAGAACCAUAUACCAGUAGCUGGCUUCCGCCCUGUGCAGCUACAUGGCGAUCGAACGCAAUCAGGCCACAUUCUGGGUGACCCAAGUCGUCGAGACAAUCCCGACAUGCGAGACUCAGAGAGCCUCUCCCCUGUUCCCUUCACAGUCAUCCGCAUGUUGACACACAUGGCCAUGAUGUUCGGUUACAACAACCAGCCACAGGCCAUUUCCGCCAUGAUUAAACCCGCAGUCGCUGAGCCAGGGCAGUUCCUACUUGCUCACCUAGAAAAGGACAUGGAGCUUUUGGUGAAAUGUCUCGGCAAGGGGGCCGACGACACAGUGACCACUGCUCACCUGCUCAUCGGCGGGCUGCUGCCAAGCAAUGACGAGCAGAGGGGAAACACCGGCUUCUUCAGUUGGUUCCAGAGACGGCCAGAUGAGCCCAAGAGAAAUGAGAUAGACAAGAUGCUGUCCACCAAAGAAACUAGGAACACGUGGGAAACAGAAAUUAGUAAAUCAAUCAUCUCACCGAUGCUGAAGCAGCUGGACAGAAAGCUGAUCGAAGUGAACGCACUCAUGCGGGACGACACCCGCGUCAGCGCCAACUCAGUUCUUGAACUGGUUUAUGGCGAUCCAGUGGCCUUUCUGAGCCCAUCUCCCCUCAAUCCUUUGAUUCAUAAUUCAGCUGUGUGGAGCUGCAGGGAGAAAGUGUCCGUUGUGAGCCUGGUCCACAUCGUGGAUCAGAAUGACGGAAAAGACAACCUGCCUGUGCUGUGGAGAUUUCUGCACAAGGAAGCAGAGCUGCGACUGGUACAGCACCUUCCGGACAUCCUCAUGCUGCAGCGAGACCUUGUUAAGAAGUUUCAGAACCAGAGUGAGCUUUCUUUUGAGACCAUCGCUGACUUCCUGCAGAGUCAGUCAGUCUCUCUGAAAGCCUGGUUUGAGAAACGCAUCAACAUGUUCCUGACAACCUGGAAUCGUCUGCGUGUGUCCUUGUCCACCAACGGUGAGCUCAAGAUCCCAGUGGAACUCUGUAUGAAGGAUCUUGACCUUAACAGUGACCUGAAGGUGCUGUUGCCUCGGCGACAGGGCGUGGGUCUGUGCUCCACCGCCCUGGUCAGCUACCUCAUCGCCCUGCACAACGACAUGGUCCACUCUGUGGAUAAGUACAGCGGCGAAGAGACCACCUACAAAGUCAGCCCCGCCGAUUUGGCCGACCUCCACGUGAUCAGUUAUGAGCUGGAAAGGGACCUGAUGCCGCUCAUUCUAUCCAACACCCAGUACAGCAUUGAGAAAGGCCAGCCCCUGCUCGACUACGAUUUGCCAAAGAUCCAGAAGCAGAUCGUGUCCCACUUCAUCCAGGGAAAACCAGUCAUCACACUAAAUGGAAUCCCAACACUGGUGAGCCGGCAGGAGCGCAACUACGAGAUGAUCCUGAAGGACGUGAAAACUAAAGUCUCACAAGAGCCGCUGCAGACGCUCACGGCCUUUGCAGUGACAGGUGGGCUUCACUCGUACAGCGAGGUGUGUGAGGCCUUGACCACUCUGGAGGUGGCUCUUGGCUUUCUUGCCAUGACCGGAGGUGACCCUCACAUGAAGUUGACUUCCUACCUGGAGGAGGUGCUGCAAAUGGGAAACCAGAUAGACGCUCACAUCCUCAAGGCUCUGAAAAUGUGCAGCUUGAAACACUGUGUGGCGCUGUGGCAGCUGCUGGCUUCGCUCAAAUCAGAGAACCUGCUGCGACUGAAGAGGGAUCCCUUUGGUGGACUCUCGAAAGAGUACAAGGUAGCGCUCAGCGAGGAGGCGCAAAGACAGCUGUCUAGUUUCUUCUCCAAGAUCAGCGCAGAAUACUUUCAGCUGGAGCUGCAUGACUUUCUGGUGCUGAUGCUCAUGAACGGAAAUCCCCUGGAGGCCAAGCCUGACUGGAGCUUGAAAGACACUCUGGUGUCCUACAUUGAGCGGAAGGACAUGGACGUUCCACCUGAAAUGGAGGAGCAUUUCCCAGAGGCAAUCCUAGUUUCUCACUGCGUGGAGGCCUGGAAGUUCACCGUCGCCUUCAAGCAAGAACACAACCCACGAUCAUGAAAAACAUGUAUACCUGAAUCAAACAUGCUGAACCGCGCUCCAUUUUGUUCAAAUGUUCUUAAAGAUGCCUUGUUUUUUACGCUUUUCUUUUUGUAAAAAUCGUUGCCUUUUGUUUUUGUUUUUACAUAUUGUCUGUGUUUACUUGAAGGCAUUCCACUUGUCUGACCUUGUUCAACAUGUUUACUCAGACCUGCACGUUUUACCUCCUCUUAAAUCGCUGAUCGGGAACAUGGUAAUUAAACUAUUUCACAACUGGACGUGGUAUUGUUAUUAUUAACU